CUCAGUUCUUCUGGUUUUAGCAAGAUUACUACCAUAUUCAUAUUAUUUUUACGGUAGUGCCCUCAGCCUUAUCUACGUCACACGUUGACACAUGCGCACCGCCUACGCUCCGAAAGCCCUUUUUUUGCAUAGUGUUGAACUGCUAGCAUCAACCGAGCAUCAAGAUGCAGCUCUUCUUGCGUGCCCAGAACACUCACACCCUUGAGGUGACCGGACAGGAGACCGUCAGAGAAAUAAAGCUCCAUGUCCAGACUCUGGAGGGUCUCCUAGUGGAGGACCAGGUACUAUUGCUGGACAGUUCCCCCUUGGAGGACUCCUCCUCUCUGGUGGACUGUGGCAUCUCUGAGUACUGCACCUUGGAAGUGGCUGGCCGACUUCUGGGAGGAAAGGUCCACGGCUCCCUGGCCCGUGCCGGUAAAGUGCGGGGACAGACACCCAAGGUUGACAAGCAGGAGAAGAAGAAGAAGAAGACUGGUCGUGCCAAGCGUCGCAUCCAGUAUAACAGGCGCUUCGUCAAUGUUGUGCCCACCUUCGGCAAGAAGAAGGGCCCCAACGCCAACUCCUAAGAACCCCCCCCCCCUUCAAGAGAACGCUGAAAGGUUUUCCUCCUGUACAGAAUAAAGAUUUGCCUUGGACUAAAUAAAGAUUUCAUGUCUUGGGUGUUUAUGAAUUUGAGAUAAGUAAAUUAUAUUAUUAAAAUGCCUAUUAGAAACUAUU